ACACACACACACAUACACACAUACAUACACACACACGCACACACAUACACACACACACACACACACACACACACACACACACACACACACACACACACACACACACACGCACACACACGCUUACACAACUAUAUGUGGAAUAAAGCGCCACAGUGCGGAUUCACGUGUAUUACAAGUCUGUUUCCCUUCAAGGCAAUUUUUCAAAAACAUGUGGGAAAAAAUGAACCAAGCUGACUGCAUUUCAAGGAGAUACUACAUGUAUGAACGCUGCGUUACUGCAGUGCGUUGACAGGUUGCUUCAUUUUGACUGGAGUCUGGGUCAUUACGGGAAACAUUUGCGACACUUUACGACAGUUUCGGUUGCUGCACGACAGAAGCCGUAUGUCGGAGCAACGUGGAGUUGUUUUGUAUUUGUGACAGCCCUCACUGGUUAUUAAAGGACCGAUGUGAUUCCUCUAACUAUUAUCAACUGUUUGGAAGAUAAACUUCGUCCUUAAAGGAAGAGAUGGGGAAGCCAAAGAAAAAGACUGAUCUCAGCCGGGCUGAGCUCAUGAUGAUGACCAUCGCAGAUGUCAUCAGGCAGCUGGUUGAAGCCCAUGAAGAGGGCAAAGAUAUCAAUCUAAACAAAGUGAAGACUAAGACUUCAGCUAAAUACGGACUUGAAGCCCAGCCACGAUUGGUGGACAUAAUUGCAGCAGUUCCUCCACAGUAUCGUCGUGCUCUGGUGCCCAAGCUUAAGGCCAAACCCAUCCGCACGGCCAGUGGGAUUGCCGUCGUGGCUGUGAUGUGCAAACCUCAUCGAUGUCCACAUAUCAGCUUUACAGGCAACAUCUGUGUAUAUUGUCCUGGUGGACCAGACUCAGACUUUGAGUACUCCACACAGUCUUACACCGGCUAUGAGCCAACAUCCAUGCGAGCGAUCCGAGCACGUUAUGACCCCUACCUUCAGACCAGACAUCGAGUGGAACAGCUGAAGCAACUGGGUCACAGCGUGGACAAGGUGGAGUUCAUCGUGAUGGGUGGGACCUUCAUGGCUCUGCCUGAAGAGUACAGAGAUUACUUCAUCAGGAAUCUACAUGAUGCGCUAUCAGGACACACCUCCAACAAUGUGGCCGAGGCCGUCAGGUACUCUGAGCGUAGUAACACCAAGUGUGUGGGGAUCACCAUCGAGACACGGCCGGACUACUGCCUGAAGCGACACCUCAGCGACAUGCUGGGGUACGGCUGCACCCGCUUAGAGAUAGGAGUUCAGAGUGUGUUCGAAGACGUGGCCCGAGACACCAACAGAGGCCACACGGUGCGAGCUGUGUGCGAGUCGUUCCACCUUUCAAAGGACGCGGGCUUCAAAGUCGUCGCUCACAUGAUGCCAGAUCUGCCUAACGUGGGCAUGGAGAGGGAUGUGGAGCAGUUUAUAGAGUUUUUCGAGAACCCAGCGUUCAGACCUGAUGGUUUGAAGCUGUACCCGACACUAGUGAUCCGUGGUACGGGUCUGUAUGAGCUGUGGAAGACGGGCCGGUACAAGAGCUACACACCCAGUGCCCUGGUGGACCUUGUUGCCCGAAUUCUGGCUCUGGUGCCGCCAUGGACUCGAGUCUACCGGGUGCAGAGAGACAUCCCCAUGCCACUGGUGAGCUCUGGAGUGGAACAUGGCAACCUGCGAGAGUUGGCCCUGGCCAGGAUGAAGGACAUGGGCACUGAGUGUCGAGAUGUGCGGACCAGAGAAGUAGGCAUCCAGGAGAUUCACCACAAAGUCCGACCUUACCAGGUGGAGCUGGUGCGAAGGGACUAUGUAGCCAACGGUGGCUGGGAGACCUUCCUGUCGUACGAAGAUCCGGAGCAGGACAUCCUGAUUGGCCUGCUGCGUUUGCGUCGCUGCUCCCUGCAGUCCUUCCGACCAGAGCUGAAGGGAGACGUGUCGAUUGUUCGUGAGUUGCACGUUUACGGCAGUGUGGUCCCCGUCAGUAGCCGAGAUCCCAGCAAGUUUCAGCAUCAGGGUUUCGGUAUGAUGCUGAUGGAGGAGGCAGCAAGAAUCGCCAGAGAUGAACAUGGCUCGAGUAAACUAGCUGUUAUCUCAGGUGUAGGAACGAGGAACUACUACAGAAAGAUGGGCUAUGAGUUGGAGGGUCCAUACAUGGUGAAGGACCUGUAUGGAUCUGAAAUGGACUAAUGGACUGAAGUGUUUUCUAUCUGGCUGGUUGUUUUGGGCAAAAAUCCUCAGAGAGAUGUUUUAUUUAUGGAGCUUUGAUUCUAAGGACAUGCUUACUACAGUCUGUGCAGUGAGAUGUUUUUUUUAUAAUCAUCACAUAGUGAUCAUGUUGCUUUCUAUUUGGUGCGCAGUGCUUUUACAUCUCCUCUUUUUUAUGUUGAUAUGGAGACAGCAUGGGGGGGUGUUAGAGCUAAAUUGAAGUUAUCCUUGCUUCCUUUUUAAACAGAUACUAGAAAACCACACUGACAGAAGCAUUAUCAGAUUUUACAUUGAAGUCGGUGUGUAACUGGACACUGCUUACUCAAUUCCUCCAGGGUCCAGAUGAGAAAUGAGAUCAGUCCUGCUGAUACUGUGUUUAUUCUCUGAUGCCACAUAGUUUUCUCUGGAAGAAAAUUCAAACCUCUAGGUAUAUCUCAAAUGCUUUUUGUUAGCCAAGGAUGAGAAACCUGUUUGGCAUGUGUUUGAGUUAAUCAUGUUUAUGCUGCAAUUAAAAAAACUAUUAUGAGUCAAGCAUUCAUUAAUGGUUGGCAGUGGAUGAAUGAACUGUGCAAAGUGUCCUCACUGGGCCGGUGUUGUGUAAUUGCACAAUUUAAAUUUAUAGGGCAGGAAAUUGAAUAUAAGUGUUACAUAAAUUGCUUUUUAAAGCCCCACAGUUAAUCCUAUUUCUUGUUUUUCUGUCAUGCAUCUUUGGGCUUCAUGUUUUCUGGUUAAACACAUCACUUGACCAUUUUUUUUUGUUGUUGUUGAGAAAAGAAUAAAGUAUAUUUCUGUUACUGUC